AUGUUUCGUAAGCUCAUCUCUACUAUGGGUUAUCAUCCGACCGGAAGGUACUAUCAUUCGACAGCCCCGGCACAGUACAUGUCGUUUCGGUAUAAAACGAUCAGCACCGAGGAAACGAUGAGUAAGAAAGGAAGGUGGAAGAUUGGUCCGCCAGAGUUCAGUGACGCUGGCUGAUGAUUUGAUGACACUGAAAGAAGAAUAAAAUAAAGGAGAAGAAAAACCAGUUUACAGAAGAAGUUUCUUCUUCGUUUUCAGUGAGAAAAGAAGAAAAGCAGCAUUUCACUGAAAUGGAACGAACGGCUUGGCUCUCACAAAUGUGCCACGCGUGAAGAGCAAACACUGUGGCCACAGUGAAAAGAGCAACAUGUCAAACACCCCAUGGGGCGAGACUAUUUUUAUGGUGCGUGGCAUGGGUGAGACAACUCUCUGAGUUAAACUGGAAACGUAACAAUGUCCACUGUUGUAACAGAGUUUUGUUGGAGAAUCAAAUUUGAAACGAAGCGAAUAGUUCAUUUCAAACGAAGCGAAGGAUAAUAAUUAGACUGAUUCUGAGGUUUAUGUUACGAUAGUAACAAUAACAGCGAGAUCUGCGUUCACAAUUUAUUCGAAAGUGCGCCGACUUCCGGGAAAACGAACCUGUUACGUAAACAGAGUCGCUUCCGCGUGCUUUUUAUUUACAUAUCUUAUUAUACAGCGAGGAAGGAGUGUAUUGCAAGUACUCGAAAAUGAUCGCGAUCGACUGGGUGAAAUGGCAAACCUCGCGGAAGGAGAUCCGUCCGUC